GUUCAACAGCCCCCAGUCCCCAGCCCCCAGCCCCCCAGACUCCAGCCCUCACCCCCCCAGACCUCAGCCCCCCAGACUCCAGCUGCCAGCUCCCAGCCCCCAGACUCCAGCCCCCAGACUCCAGCCCCCAGACUCCAUCCCUCAGCCGCCCCAGACUCCAGCCCCCAGACUCCAGCCCCCAGACUCAAGCCCUCAGCCCCCCAGCCCCCAACCCCCAGACUCCAGCCCCCAGCCCCCAGACUCCAGCCCUCCAGACUCCAGCCAGCAGCCCCCAGUUCCAGCCCCCAGACUCCAGCCCCCAGCCCCCAGACGCCAGCCCCCAGACUCCAGCCCCCAGACUCCAGUCCCCCAGACUCCAGCCCCCAGCCACCCAGACUCCAGCCCCCCAGAGUCCAGUCCCCCAAACUCCAGCCUCCAGCCCUCCAAACUCCAGCCACUAGACUCUAGCCCCCAGCCCCCAGACUCCAGCUCCCAGCCCCCCCAGACUCCAGCCCCAGACUCCAGCCCCCAGACUCCAUCCCUCAGCCCCCAGACUCCAGCCCCCAGACUCAAGCCCUCAGCCCCCAGCCCCCAACCCCCAGACUCCAGUCCACAGACCCCCAGACUCCAGCCCCCAGACUCCAGCCCUCCAGACUCCAGCCAGCAGCCCCCAGACUCCAGCCCCCAGACUCCAGUCCCCAGCCCCCAGACGCCAGCCCCAGCCCCCAGACUCCAGCCCCCAGACUCCAGCCCCCAGACUCCAGUCACCCAGACUCCAGCCCCCAGCCCCCAGACUCCAGCCCCCAGAGUCCAGUCCCCCAAACUCCAGCCUCCAGCCCUCCAAACUCCAGCCACCAGACUCCAGCAAUCAGCCCCCAGACUCCAGCCCCCAGAUUCCAGCCCCCAGCACCCCAGACUCCAUCCACCAGCCCCCAGACUCCAGCCCCCAGACUCCAGCCCUCAGCCCUCAGCCCCCAGAUUCCAGCCCCCAGCCCUCAGACUCCAGCCCCCAGACUCCAACCACCAGCCCCCAGCCCCCAGACUCAAGACACCAGCCCCCAGUCUCCAGCCCCCAGACUCCAACUACCAGCCCCCAGCUCCAGCCCCUCCCCAGCCCCCAGCCCCCAGACUCCAGCCCCCAGACUCCAGCCCUGCAGACUCCAGCUUCCAGCCCCCAGACUCCAGCCCCCAGACUCCAGCCCCCAGACUCCAGCCCCAGACCCCAGCCCCCAGCUCCCCAGACUUCAGCCCCCAGCUCCCCAGCUCCCCAGACUCCAGCCCCCAGACUCCAGGUCCCAGCCCCCAGACUCCAAACACCAGCCCCCAGACUCCAGCCCCCAGAUUCCAGCCCCCAGACUCCAGGACCCAGCCCCCAGACCCCAGACCCCCAGACUCCAGCCCCCAGACUCCAUACCCCAGCCUCCCAGAUUUCAGCCCCCGGACUCCACCCCCAGCCCCCAGACUCCAGCCCCCAGACCCCAGCCCCCAGAUUCCAGCCCCCAACGCCCCCAGACUCCAGCCCCCAGACUCAAGCCCCCAGCCCCCAGUCCCCAGCCCCCAGCUCCAGCCCACCAGCCCCCAGUCUCCAGCCCCCAGCUCCAGCCUGUAA